AUGGUCGUCCGCAACUACAUCUUAGGCCGCGACCCCGGCCCGCCCAUCCCCACCUCCGUCACCCACCACUCCAACGGCACCAGCGGCGUGAGCAAUGCAAAACGCCCCUCCCUCAGCCCCUACGCAAACCUCAACGAAAUCCUCCGCGACUCCUACUCGCCCGCCCUCAUCGUCCCCUUCACACAAACCCACCCCUCCCUCAAGAUCUACUACGCCCAGCUCCGUCGCUCCAUCGCAACCCUCUCCAUCCAGCCGCCCUUCUCACACCUCCGGCCUGGAGAUGUGCUGACGUAUUUGAUUCCGAACUCGGUGGAACAUAUUGCGGUGUUUUUUGCGACGACGGCGGCGAGAGCGGUCGCGAACCCGUUGAAUCCCGCUUAUACGGCCGACGAGAUUGCGUUCUAUCUGAAGGAUGUCGGGAGUAAAGUCGUGGUUGUGCCAAAGGGCGACUCUUCCAUUUUGAGCAAUGUCCAGAAAGCUAUUGACAUCGUUGGUCACGCAGUUCCCGUAUUUGAGGUUGCGAUGGAGAUCAAGGAUGUGCUGAGGAAGGAUCGACCCAGGAAGAAGAGGGUUAAGAGGGAGAAGGAGAGGGGAGCACCAGUGGCAGAUGAUGUCGCGUUGAUGCUUCAUACGAGUGGGACGACCGGGAGGCCUAAAGGGGUCCCCCUGACACACGCCAACAUCCUGCACACCCUCUCCAACAUCCAAUCCACCUACCGCCUCACCGCCGCCGACGUCUCCUACCUCGUCAUGCCUCUCUUCCACGUGCACGGCCUCAUCGGCGUGCUGCUCUCCACCCUGAACUCCGGUGGCACAACCGUCGUACCCCCCAAAUUCAGCGUCACGCGCUUCUGGACAGACUUCAUCGAGCACGGGUCGACGUGGUACUCGGCGGUGCCCACUAUACAUCAGAUGCUUCUGUUGAAAGCCAAGGAGACGUAUUUGGGGACGAGUGGGAAGUUGAGGUUUAUCAGGAGUUGUAGUUCCAGUCUCGCCCCAGCUACCCUCCUAUCCCUUGAAAAGACCUUCCGCGCCCCCGUCAUCGAAGCUUACGCCAUGUCCGAAGCCGCCCACCAAAUGACCGCAAACUUCCUGCCCCCAGGCAUGCGCAAACCGGGCUCUGUGGGCCGCGGACAGGGCGUCGACGUCAUUGUCCUCGACGAGCAGGGCCAACCUACCCGGGCGCGUCAGACGGGCGAGGUCUGCGUGCGUGGACCCAAUGUCAUUACCGCAUACCACAACAACCCAACAGCUACCGCCGAAUCGUUCUACCCGGACCCAGCCGCGCCCUCCGACCCGAGCCAGAAGUACUUCCGAACAGGCGACCUGGGCUACUUUGAUGUUAUGGGGUUCUUGUACCUUGUGGGACGGAGCAAAGAGCAGAUCAAUCGAGGUGGGGAGAAGAUCAGUCCGGUUGAGAUUGAUCAGGUCCUCCUCCAACACCGCCUCGUCGCCGAAGCCGUCACCUUCCCCGUCCCCUCCACCAUCUACGGCCAAGAAAUAGAAGCCGUCGUCGUCCCUAAACCCUCUUCUUCCUCCUCCACGCAGUUAACAGAACAAGACCUCCUCGCCCACGCCUCCAAGCUUCUUGCCCCAUUUAAAGUGCCCGGGAAGAUAUGGAUCAGGAGUGAGGUGCCGAAGACGGCGACGGGGAAGGUGCAGAGGAGGGUGGUUGCGGAGAUUAUAGUUAAGGAGGGAGAGGGGGCAAAGGAGGAGGGGAAGGUUAGGGCUAAGUUGUAG